AUGUCUUCUGUGCCCACUAUUGUCACAGAUGAAACUGCCACAUCAGCUCCUGAAAUCACAACCACUGUUGAUAAAGCCUCCUCCCUUGCUUCCACCAACACCACAGAGCAAAGCAAGACACCAGAAAUCCUGACUACACCGCAGGCAGCCUCUGAAGAUACUGAGGAAUUAUACAUUUCACCCACCCCACUUACAGGAGACGGUGGUACCUCAGCUCCAGAAAUCUCUUCCACAGUUCCUGAAUCUUCAACAGAUUAUUUUGUCACAGACGACUUCAUCAUAUCUGACCCAGUCACAGACAGCACUGAGUCAUUGACAACUCUAGCAUUGCCAUCUACACUGAGUAAAGGUCUAGCUCGCUGUGGUGCUUCAUUUGACGAACUCUACAAAGCAUUAAAGAUUGACCUGAAUGCAGAUGCAAACUGUGCCUGGCACAUUCAGAGGAAUGAAAAUCAAACAAUUAGGCUGAUUUUCUCCUAUUUUGAAUUUGCUCCUUCUUCAAGCUGUGAAACAGAAAGUAUUAAGGUAUAUGAUGGUUCCUCAACUAAUUCACCUCUUCUUGGACAAGUAUGUAACGACACUGAUGCGAUCCCAGUAUUUCAAUCAUCUUCAGACAGUUUAACUUUUGUCAUAACAACAAACUCCGAGGAUUUUGAAAGAAGCUUCUUUGUCUAUUACUACUUUGAGUCAGAAAUACAAAUUGAAAGUUGUGGGGGACAAUUAACCGGCCCCAACGGGACACUGACCAGCCCCAACUACCCAGCACCUUACCCUGAAUUUGCAUACUGUGUCUGGCACAUAGAAGCACCAAAAAACUCGAAGAUACAGUUAGAGUUCCAGGAUUUCUUCCUGGAACUAGACCUGAACUGCCGAUUUGACUUCAUAGCAGUCUAUGAUGGCCCCACCACUGACACUGGCUUAAUAGGAAAAGUAUGUGGUCGUUCUCAGCCCACAUUUGAAUCUUCUUCAAAUGUUAUGACAGUUGUGCUGUCUACAGACUAUGCCAACUCCUACAGAGGUUUUUCUGCUUAUUAUACCAGUUCUCCCCUGCCGAGCAAUCCUGUGGAGCCCACAUUGCUUACAUGCUCUUCAGACAGCAUGACAAUUGUUCUGAACAAGACUUACCUGGCCUCCCUUGGAUAUAAUGAAACUCACGUACGGCUGAAUGAUCCAUCUUGCAGUCCAGUCAUCACAGAUCCAGUGAUCUUUUCCUUCCCAUUAGCCAGCUGUGGAACAAUUAAAAAGGAUGAUGGUCACAGCAUCACUUACACCAAUAUCAUAUCUCUCUCUGCAACUGGCAACAUCAUCACCCGUCAGAAGAGCAUACAGAUCAUUGUAAAAUGCAUAAUGGAAAACAAUUCAACCUUGGAAGUCGUUUACAUAACGAAAGAUAACAUAAUCCACAAGACAAUUGCUCUGGGAAGAUACAACGUUAGCAUGUCAUUCUAUGAUUCAGAUUCAUUCUCUGAGCCAAUACAACAGUCCCCGUACUACGUAGACUUAAACCAAACUCUUUUUACUCAAGUCAGUCUUCACUCCACUGACCCAAACCUCCUGGUGUUUAUUGAUACCUGCGUAGCAUCACCAGAACCUGAUUUUGGAUCGCUAACGUAUGACUUAAUCAGAAGUGGCUGCAAUAAAGAUGACACUGUGGAAACCUACCCACUACUGGAACACUAUGCGAGAUUCAAAUUUAACGCCUUCAAGUUCCUGCAGAGCUUUGCAUCCGUUUAUCUCCAGUGUGACAUUCUGAUUUGUGACAGCAACAUCACCAACUCCCGCUGCACCCAAGGCUGCAUCUCCAGGCGAAAAAGAGACAUUUCCUCAUACCUGUGGAAAACCAACACUGUAGUAGGUCCCAUCCGCGUGAAGAGAGACUUCAGGUCUGCCGAUCAUUCAGGUAAGAGGAAUGUGUAAAUGAAGAAUCUGAUUGAGUUACUCUUUGCUGUAAACCUGUUACCUUUUUUCCACUAAUGAAGUGAAUUACUCAAGUUCAAAACUAACACAGCAUCAGAGCAACUGGUUCAAAGUUUGUGUUUUGUGAGAUCACAGAAGUACUUUUCACACAGACCGAUGGCUUUCGGAUCGA